AAUGUAAGAAUUGUGUCUCUCAUCACAACACGUAUUUUGAUAACCUUCACUUCCCAUAAUUUUCUCAAAGUCACUCUUCUUCUUAAUUCUGCUUCUUCCUUUUCUUCUUCUUCUUCUUCAUUGAUCUCUCUAAGUAAUUCUCAUGGAUCCACCACUCAACGAAAUAUACAACACCCUUUUGUAUAAUCAGAUCACAAACACAGAACAGAAUGUUCCCGAUACACCCAUGAGCUUCUCUGUCACGGCUGUCGUCGAAGAGGUGGAGCUUCCGGUGAUUGACGUCAGCCGUCUCAUCGAUGGAGCCGAGAAGGAUAGAGAGAAAUGUAAGGAAGAUAUUGCGAGAGCUUCAAGGGAGUGGGGAUUUUUUCAAGUGAUAAACCAUGGAAUGUCAAUGGACGUGUUAGAGAAGAUGAGACAAGAGCAAGUUAGGGUUUUUAGAGAGCCUUUUGGCAAGAAAAGUAAGUCGGAGAAAUUCUCCGCCGGGAGUUACCGGUGGGGAACGCCGUCAGCCACUUGUCUCCGGCAGCUUUCUUGGUCAGAAGCUUUUCAUGUUCCCAUGACAGAUAUUUCAGACAACAAGGACCUCACUAUUCUCAGCUCAAUAAUGGAGAAAUUUGCUUCGGAAUCGGAGGCUCUAGCAUAUCUAUUGGCAGAGGUUCUUGCAGAGAAAUCAGGACGAAAAUCAAAUUACUUCAAAGAAAACUGUGUGAGGAAUACAUGUUAUCUAAGGAUGAACCGUUAUCCACCUUGUCCGAAACCAUCGGAGGUGUACGGGUUAAUGCCACACACGGACAGUGAUUUCCUCACAAUCUUGUAUCAAGAUCAAGUCGGUGGACUCCAACUCAUUAAAGACGAUAAAUGGAUCGCCGUUAAACCGAACCCUAGAGCUCUUAUCAUCAAUAUUGGUGACUUAUUUCAGGCAUGGAGCAAUGGCAUGUACAAAAGUGUGGAACACCGUGUGAUGACGAAUCCGACGGUGGAGAGAUUUUCAACGGCGUAUUUUUUAUGUCCAUCAUACGACUCCGUUAUAGAGUGUUGUUCAAGUGAUUACCCUACUUACAGAAACUUCAGCUUCAGAGAAUUCAGACAACAAGUUCAAGAAGAUGUUAAGAAGCUUGGUUUUAAAGUUGGUCUCCCUAGGUUCCUUAAUCCUCUCUAUUAAUAAUAGAUAUCCAAAUUUUAUUUUAGCUUUUAUGAUUUAUUUAGUAAUUUUUUUUGUUUUGAUUUUUAUUUCUUAAAAGAAUAUUUUGUUCCUACCUGAUUAUCAAUUCACUCAAAAUCGAUAUGUAAACCGAUUUUUUAAAAAUUAAACCGGAGCUUAAUUCGGUUGAGUAAUUUUUAUAUGCGAUAAAACUGAAAUCUGAAUUAUGAAAUCAAAGUUGUAUUGUGUACAUUAGACAGUACUAUUCAAUCCGAUUAAGAAAAUAUAUACCAAAUCUUUAUAAUCUAAAGAUUAAACCGAGAAUUUGUAAAAAGUUGGUUUAACCAAUUCGAGCUUCGCGUAAAAAACACAAAGUAAGAAAAAAAAAAAAAGAAACUAAAAUAA